AUGAAUUCUACAGUGUGCCGUGUCCUGAUUUCAAUCUGCUUACAAUUCUUCUUGCAACGGUCUGGUGCUAUCAGAGAAGAAAGGUCUCCAAUUUUGAAAGGGUUCCUGGCUUAUAAGACAAUCUCAAGCUUUCAAAAGUAUUGCACCUGUUCAAUGACUUAUUCGUGUUCCUGUUGCCAGAGUGUUCUCAUUUUGUACACUAAAUCUGAGAAAAAUCUCUGCGUUAAUUUUAUUUACCAAGGAAACGGAAUAAUGGUCGAUGUGGCGUUGAACUUUAAUAGUAUUAGAACCAGAAGAGUUACAGAUUAUAAGCCGUUGAAGUUUUGCGUCAAUGUACCAGGAUGUCUCUUCUCGUCAGCGUGUAUAAACGUUUUGGAGCUCAAUCAGUUUUCCAGGUCGAUUACGGCUUGUCUUCGACUGGACAUCUACUCCAAGAAACAAAUAUGGCAAAUCAAUUACGAUUGCGUUAGUAUAUCAACGCAGGUUCCAACGACAGCGAGUAAUGGUACCACUCAAAUGAUGACUGGAACAACUGGAGGAUCUUCAGGAACAGCCACGACAAUGAAGACUGGAAUGACAUCGCCAAUGUCCAGCAGUCAGAUGACGAUGACGACAAUGAAAAUGACAACUACCACGAUGAUGACAACGACGAUGACUACGAUGACGGUGACUAGAACGGAAACCGAAGAAACGACAUCGGAUGUAGAAUUUAUAACGGUACCAGGAAGCCAACCUACAACGGUUGCGGACAUCGAUUAA